ACACACACACACACACACACACACACACACACACACCCGCCCUCUCUCUCUCUCUAUCCUCCGAGCGGGGCUCAAGCCUCACUCCUCCACAAGCCUUCAUGUCUGACAGCACCGAGAGGAGGAAGAACAAGAGGAAGAUGAAAGACAGGAAUUGAAGGGCGGAUUUCUGGACUCUUUCUUUUUAUCCUUUGGGGCCAAACUGGGAAUUUUGUCGUCCAUGUCAUCAGCAAACCUGGGGCCAGGACACCCAUCUGAACUCAGCCAAACUCUCCGCUCUGCCCACGGAUUAAAGUAACCAGAGCGGGACUCCAUACACAGAGAAGUCCCACCAGAACCAGAUGGACGAGUCCAGCACCGAGGACGGCUCUCUGAAGAAGAAGCAGCGGCGGCAGAGGACCCACUUCACCAGCCAGCAGCUCCAGGAGCUGGAGGCCACCUUCCAGAGGAACCGCUACCCAGACAUGAGCACCCGGGAGGAGAUCGCUGUGUGGACCAACCUCACAGAGGCUCGGGUCAGGGUAUGGUUCAAAAAUCGGCGUGCUAAGUGGAGAAAGCGAGAAAGGAACCAGCAGGCAGAGCUGUGCAAAAAUGGCUUUGGUGCUCAGUUCAAUGGACUCAUGCAGCCCUAUGAUGACAUGUACACUGGUUACUCCUACAACAACUGGGCCACUAAGAGCUUAGCAAGCAGCCCACUGUCUGCCAAAAGCUUUCCUUUCUUUAACUCAAUGAAUGUAACCCCCCUGUCAUCCCAGCCCAUGUUCUCCCCGCCGAGCUCCAUUCCCUCUAUGAACAUGGCCUCCAGCAUGGUGCCCUCGGCCGUGGCGGGGGUUCCGGCCACCGGGCUCAACAACCUGGGGAACCUCAACAACCUCAACAGCCCCACCGCUCUCAACUCCGUGGCAGUGACCGCGGCCACGUGCCCCUACGCCACCACCGCCAGCCCCUACAUGUACAGAGACACCUGCAACUCCAGCCUGGCCAGCCUGCGGCUCAAAGCCAAGCAGCACACCAACUUCCCCUACCCUGCAGUCCAGAACCCCGUGUCCAACCUGAGCCCCUGCCAAUAUGCUGUGGACCGGCCCGUAUGAAGGAAAAUCCAAAUAAAUCUCCAGCACUGACCCCUGACCCAACACCCCAGCCCCCUCAUCAGUCCAUGGCUCCUCCACCUGUCAUUUCUUCGGUUCCAUCUGUAAAUUACCGGAUUCGACGCGGACAGGAAGUGAAUGUUUUGACAGCGAACAGAGAGAAAUCCUCCAAACUGAAACCUGAUGGACCACUGUUUUCUCCAGUUUGUGAGACUCUGUUGCUCAACUGACCAACGACUUCAAAGGAUCUCUAAAAAUUAGUGUCUAAAAUUAUUUUUCCCUUCUUCUGAGCUGCAUGAUCAGAGAACCUGUAGAAACCAAACAAAACUUUGGACUGGUGCUCAGCGUCUCCGGCCCCCGGAAACAUAAACUGAUGCAGGAAGUGAGACAAACGGAGAGUGUACAUAAAGGACUUUUCUCUGUUUUUUUUUUGUAUGUGACGAAUAAGAUGUGUAUUACUUUAAAAGAAAAAAAUGAGAAAAAGCAUGUUCUUCAAUUCUAAAGACCACAAGUGGACGCUCAUCAUUYAGGAAGGGUUUUGUUGUGGAUUCCUCUCACCUCGAGAGGUCACAGGUCAAAGGGCGAGGGCAUUUCUGGAACGUAAGCACAACCUCUAGCUUUUACACACAGAAGCAACUAUUUCCAUUUAACGGAAUUACAUUUUCAAGUAAAACUCUAAAAAGCCAUUGAGUACAUAGAUUUGUGUGGUGUUACAGUCCAUGACUGUAAAAUAAUGUAUGUAAGAGUGCAGUUGUUAUAACAAAAGAAGAAAAAAAAAA